AUGUCGAACGCGAUAGAGGAUCCCCGGGUCAGGGCGGCCAUUGAGCACUACCUGUUAGAUCUGGAGAACACCCAGCCGAAGAAUACGAAGCGAAAUUAUCGUCCCAAGCAGGAAGAAUGGAAGGAGUGGUGUCAAGCCAACUGGCCUGCGAUCCCGGACGUUUGGCCGGCCUCGGUACCACAGGGCCAACAGCUACCCGGAGACCUGGUCGAUGAAGGAAAGCUCUUGCUCUUCAUGAAGGAGGUAGUGGCAUCACGUCCUCCCAAGAAAGGAAAGAGGGUCGCCGAUGAAAGAAAACGACACCUCGAGGCUCGGGAAGCCAAGAGGGCCGUGAAAAGACGCAGAGCACCAUCAGAUACCAUCGUUGUAGGCGGCGGAGGUAGCGAAUACGAGUCAGACUCCGACUUGGAGUUGUAUGAGUCCACGCUCAAACUACAGUAUAAUACUGUACGGGGCUACGUCUCGGCCAUACAGAAGCUUUACGACGAGCAGAAGAGCCGGGAGUCAAUCCUGCGGCCCGGCCACAGGGAGUGGCACUGA